UUCAUGCAACUUUAGGAGCACUGAGUUAGUUUACAUCCCCACAAGAGGCUGGGGUCAAAGGUCACCUGAUCAUGUGGUUAGAACUUGACCCUGAGGAUGAUGUCAGUGAGCUGGGUGAAGUAAAGCAGGAGCGUUCAGAGCUGAGAGGUUCUCAGCGCUGGAGUGAAGAGAGAGCUUUAGACGCUGCCUCUAAGGUGAUUGUGAGGAACCAUGGAAAGGCAGUGUGGGGUUUCUUUGGACCUGUUUCUACACGUGUCCCUUUUUCCUUCUAUGUGCAUCGUGGCAGCACUGUCAUUCCUGCACCACAGAGAGAAGACGCAGCCCUUUGAGGAACGCUUCCCCUACCUGAGAGGACGGUUUGGCUUUGUAGUGCCGUUGGACUUCAUUGGCAGUAUGAGUAACCGCUGGUCAUAUGGCGUUGCUUUCGGCGCUGUGGCUCCCAGUGUUCUCCAGCUGUUCUCUGAGUCUUACACGCCGUUUCCUGUACCAAACUGGGCCAAAGCUUUUGUGUAUCUGAUUGGUGCUGUGGAGGUGGGUGUGGCCUACAUGCCUUUCUUUGCCUGUCUGUCAACACCACAUCGAGCGCUUGGAGGAGUUUUGGGAUUACUGUACACACUUGCCUGGUUGAUCGUGAGACUUUGGGAUGUUAUCACCUGUCCUGGAGGUGAGGUUCUGGGUGAUUAUGAGAUGUUAAUUCUGCAGUGGCCGUGUUUCCUGUGUUUGGGUUUCUUGAUGGGACGGUUCAUUUAUAUGGUGGUGAAGGACGUGCGGAUUCGUUUACACCUGCAGAAUGAACAGGUGGAAGAAGAGAAGCUCGUUCAGGCUCACCAGUUCAGAUAUGUACAAACACUACUGAGACGACCAACUGAACGGUUGGUGGAGAAGAGCUGGUUGAGGAGGAAGGUGUACGACUGGGAUCCUUAUUUUAAAUUCCCCAACAGAAUGAUCGGCACCUCCGUCAUCUCCCUCAUCGGACUCUAUAUGAUGACUCUGGUAGACUACAGCGUCAGUCAUCAUGUCUUCUCUUCACUGGCGUCUUUAACGGACUCUCUGGAGGAAAUGACACACUCAAUGAAUGAGACAGACAAUCUGUUUUUCACUCUACUGCCGCAUCUGGAGGAGUUCACCCUUGUGACAUGGAAUGCCUGGUUUGCCACAACAUUGUUUGCCUCACUGACAUCAGUAACCUACAUUUUCCAUGUGUUGGCAUGUUACAGGAAGCAUAUGAAAAGGCUGUGGGCGGGAGAGAAGAGCUUUUUACCACAAAGGUUCCACAAACCCAGCUCCGCUGUUAGCGUGGCUGCUAUUACUCGCUACGCUGGCUGGCAGAUUGCCUUCACAAUGUGGGGUUACCUGAUCGUCCACUUUGUCCAGUUUUUGUUUGCGCUCCUCUUUGCGUAUCUAGUGGUGCUUCCCAUUCGCAAUGGAGGGUUCCUGCCCUGGUUCUCCCACCUGGUCAUCUUGCUGCUCACCAUCUUCAUAGUGGUCAGCCUGGUGGUCCUGCAGAUCCUGCUGGUUCGGAUCUUCUUCCUGCAGGACAAACUCUCACCUGAGGACCCAGAGAAGCCCCUCGCGCUCAACAACAGAAAAGCCUUCCACAACUUUAACUACUUCUUCUUCUUCUACAACGUCAUCAUGGGGCUGAGCAACUGCGUCUUACGGCUGCUGAACAGCUGCAUUGUGGGUACCUGGCUCGUGUCUCGCAUCGACCGGACCAUCAUGCAGCGGGGCUAUGAGUCCAUGGAUCCAGGCUACUGUACGUGGAUAGGAAUGAUCAUGGCGGAUCAUCACCAUAGCAACCCGGUUAUGGUCUGUUUCUGCCACCUGCUGCUCAAACACGCUCUGGAGAGGCAGAGAGCUAACGCUUACUCGCAGUUCGACAACGCAGACUGUCCAGUAGGGGGCAGAGUCCGUGUGCGCUGGCUCCUGUUCUACACUCUGCUGAAGAACCCCAAACUCAUCCUGCUGAGGAAGCGACAGAGUCCCAUCCCUCAGGACCCCCUGGCCAUCGCCCGAGUGAUGACCUCUAUGGUCAAGGUCACAUGACUGUUCUGCCAAAGCUGUCUGAGCCCUGAGCACAGUUCCACGAGACCCUGGACAAGGAGGCGUGGUGCAUUUAAAGAAUACGAGGUCCUACACAAAGGCAGGGAUGAUUAGCCUGCCUGCAGCACCACCUAGUGGCUAUAUUAGUCUACGCUGUUACCCAGGGCCCGAAUUCAUGAUCAGAGUGCUGAUCUAGGACCUGUAUGGUCAAUUAAAGUGACCAAAUCCCACAUUUUUCUUACACUUUAUUUUUUCCCUUUGAGGUCCACUUGCACUGCUUAUGUGGGUUACUGUAUCAAAAAUGUAUCGUAGGCCAGAAUUCAAUUUUCCCACCUCCCUUUUUCCCUUAGAACCAAACAGGCUGUGCCUUUAAUACUGAUGCAUGCAAAUGAGCUCUCUUCUGAUUGCCUUGAUCAAAAGGCAGUCUGUGCUGAAACACUCUUUACAACGUCUGUGUGAGUGGCCAGGGCUACGCUGCAGUAGCCUGAAUAUAUAUGCAAAUUAGCUGAUUUUGUGACAUCACAAAACCAAUUAGGUCAAAAUGGGCUGUUUUUGUGGCUCAGCCCCCCUUAUGUGUGGAUGUGUGGACAGUGUGGACAAAGCGAUGGGUGCCAUUUGUACCUUUUAACAAUGUUUACAAACAAAAAAGUUUUUUUUUUUCUAUGAUAUGGGCCCUUUAAAGUGAAAUUUCAUAAAGACUCAUUUUGCCUCAAUAAUUACUACUACACACAACUGGCCACUUUAUUAGAAACCCCUCCCUCGUAUCUCCUUGUUGUCCUCUAGUCCUUCAUCAGUGGUCAGUGUUUGAGCACAGAACUGCUGUUACAGUUUUAACUGUAAACCUACAAAGUGCACCUGUAAGGAAGGUGUUUCUUGUAAAAUGGCCAUGUAGGUAUAAGGUAGGAAUGAUAAGUUACAAAAAAUGUCCAUAUGGUCAGUUUGAAUGACCAGUUAUAAUAUCUUCCUUAGUUUUAUUCACUUCAAUGCUUCCCAUUGAUUUGCAACAGGGUCCAAGUUUACAGCAUGACUUAAAGGAGAAUUGCACCAUUUUUUAUGCACAAUUAAGUGGUUCAGAUGUAAACAAAGUCAUUCAGAGUGGUUUGGUGUGAAAUUGCAGAAUGGAUUACAGUGGUGGUGAUAGGAACCAGACGUCCACCUUUAAAAGCUCCCUCACAGAAAGUUAUGAUAUGAAAUGGUUAUGAAUUUGCUGCCUGAUGUCUGAGACAGCUUUACGAAAGUUUUGAGAAGAUUUCAGCCUCAAAAUGCAGGGAGGGAUACAUAGCAUGCAGGGUGUUGUGAGGCAAAAUAGUCCCCCCAACACAUUAUUAUUUUCAGAUUUAUGAAAUUAUUUUAUUCAGAAUUUCCACUAUUUUGCCACGUGUGGGUUCACUGGUGGUUUGUGAUAGUAAAUAAAAUGUCUAUAUUUGUGUCGUUGUCAUGGCGACCCGUCUCCCUGAUCACCACCACUUUAAAGAAAUCUGAGUCUCUACAAUCAACCAUUUUACACCAAACCAGUCUGAAUGACUCUGAUUACACCUCAAACACUGAAUCAUGAAUGUUACAUACCCCUUUAAAGUAACACGACUGUAGGCUGGUUUAUUCAUCCCACCUGUGCCAAUAAAUGUCAGAUGAUACUGAAAA